AUGCGUCCGUCCGUCUGGCUGUGCCGUGCCGUGCCGUGCGUUGCGUCCGCGGACUUCCCGCUGACGGCCGCUGCCCCUGCUCCUGCUGCCGCUGCCGCUGCGGUGCCUCUCCAUCUUAGCGCCUCGUCUCCUCCUCCUGUGGUGCCGGAGAUGCCUGGAGGCGUCGGACGCUUGUUGUGUGUGUGUUGCGGUGUGCAGGGUAAGAGCUUGGAGGAGCGUCAGAAGGUGAUCAAGGCCCUACGAGAGGAGCUGCGUCUGGAGGAGGCCCGUCUGGUGCUGCUCAAGAAGCUCCGCCAGAGCCAGCUGCAGAAGGAAAACCUCGUGCAGAAGGUGCCCGUGGUGCAGAACAGCUCCUCCAUGGCACAGGGCUCGUCGGCGCACAGCGCUCAGGGCGGGAUGGCCAAGCUGCCCGUCAGGCCAGGCCUGCACAGCCAGGAGCCACAGAACCUGCGUUCCGUGCAGGGUCAUUCUGUGAUCCGGUCAGCAGCCAACGCUUCCAUGCCCCAGAUGAUGAUGUCCCAGCGGGUGAUCGCGCCCAACCCGGCCCAGCUGCAGGGCCAGAGGAUCCCGCAGAAGCAGGGGGUGAUGCGCUCCACCCAGGGCACCAUCAACAACACUGUGAGCUACCAGCAGGCCACCACUCAGCAGGUGUCUGCGUCCCAGCGUUCUGGCUCCUCGGCUCUCUACAUGAACCUGGCCCACAUGCAGGCGGCCGCCGCGGCUGCAGCAGCGGGGGCCGGCGGCGUGUCGGGCGUCUCAGGGGUGGGCGCCGCGGUCAGCCCCUCUCCGCUGCCCAGCCCUGGCGGAGGCGGAGGCCCCCAGUCCCUGCAGGACCAGGCCAGCAGCCAGGCGGCCGCCAAGCUGGCGCUGCGCAAGCAGCUGGAGAAGACCCUGCUGGAGAUCCCGCCGCCCAAGCCGCCCGCUCCGCUCCUCCACUUCCUGCCCUCGGCCGCCAACAGCGAGUUCAUCUACAUGGUGGGCCUGGAGGAGGUCGUCCAGAGUGUCCUCGACAGCCAGGGUAAAUUUGGGCCUCGAGCUCCCACAGAUCCGUUUGUGUGCGCCCAGUGCAAGACGGACUUCACCCCGCAUUGGAAGCAGGAGAAGAGCGGCCGUAUCCUCUGUGAGCUGUGCAUGACGUCCAACCAGAAGAAGGCCCUGAAGGCCGAGCACACCAACAGGCUAAAGAACGCCUUUGUCAAGGCCCUACAGCAGGAGCAGGAGAUUGAGCAGAGGCUGCAGCAGCAACAGCAGCAGCAGCAGCAGCAGCAGCAGCAGCAGCAGCAACAGCAGGCCGCGCUCUCGGCUGCCAGCUCUGCCGUGACCGUCCCCAGCGUGAGCAAGGCCGAGUCCAUGAUCCGACACCAUGCCCUCCGACAGUGGGAAGACUCGUGUUUUUGGACUACAUCGCGAGCUGCUAGUAACCUAAAGGCCCACCAGUCUCAGAGUAGCCAGUCUGCGGCCUCUCUGCAGCGGGGCCUGUCUAGCUCGGCGCGGGGCGUGCUCUCCAACUUCGCCCAGGCCCAGGCCUCCCAGCUGUCUGUGGCCAGCGGCCUGCUGGGCAUGACGGGCAAACACGGGGGCAGCUCCAGCAGCCGGGCACAGCACGACAGCCGCCGCCAGCUGUACAACAUCCCUGGUGUGAACAUUGCCUACCUGAACCCGGCCAACGUGGGCGGGCAGAAAGGCUCCAGCCUGGCCGACCGGCAGAGGGAGUAUCUACUGGACAUGAUCCCUCCGCGCUCCAUAUCUCAGUCCAUCACCGGCCAGAAAUGACCCCCCCCCCCCCCCCCCCUUCUCCCCUUGCCUACCCAUCAUGCACCUGACCUAUGGCAAUGACACACCGAUUCCUCUCCUGCCCCCACUUCUCCUUCUCCCCCACCGUGAGCCCACUCCGACAGUGCCCGUCGCAUGCAGUGCCUGUUAGUCUGCCUACCAACCAAACUGUAAGAGUGACACAAUCAAAAAUGCUUAGUUAAAAA